GGAAAUCUCGAUCAGCACCUAAAAAAAUCGUUUCCUUCCGGAGCGACGGCGCCGGCCGCCACUUUCCCGGCGCAGCUCGGUUGCCGGCGGCUGUGCCCUCCGGGGUGAGGCGCUCGGCAGCCGCAGAGGAAGCCAGCGGAGCAGAGAGCGAAGCGGUGGCCGCAGCUGCCGUGUGGAGGAGCCUGAGCGGUGGGAGGGGCGGGGAGGGACCAGCCGCCGCGGUGACAAGGUAUCAGCUGAGCGGAGGGGCCGCCGCUAGAGCUGAGGCGUCCUCGCCACCACCCUCCCGUCAGCAGAAGUUUGACUCGAGCGCCGCGCAGCCGCCCGGGCCGCCGAGGCGGGGCAGGGAGCCGCGCCGGGAGCCGCUGCGGGACAGGGGUCGCCUCCAGCGGGAGGCAGCGGCUCUCCGGGAACCGCCCCGUCCGCGCCAUGGCAGCGCGGUCCCGGAGACCCUGGCUGAGCUUGGUGCUGGGGCUGGUGCUGGGCUUCACCGCCGCCUCCUGGCUCAUCGCCCCCAAAGUGGCCGAGCUGACCGAGAAGAAGAGGCGCGGUUCCAGUCUCUGCUCUUACUACGGCCGCUCGGCGGGUCCAGGGGCGGUCGGGGGCGCAGCGGGCGGGCAGCAGGCGCCACCGGAGGCAGCUGCUGUGCAGGGCGGCACGAGUUUCAGGAGCCCCUGGGAGCUGCCGCCGGCGGCGGACGGAGCGGUCUCCAGCCCCGCCGCUGGCGGGGAAGGAGAGCCGGAGGAGGAGGAGGAAGGCGGCGAGAAGCGGGGUAGCCGGCCCGGCGGCAGCCACAACGGGAGCGGGGACUGGGGGGGAUCCCCUGGCUGUGCCAAGCCCCGCAAUUUCCUCUACGUGGGGGUCAUGACGGCCCAGAAGUACCUGGGCAGCCGGGCAGUGGCCGCGCAGCGGACGUGGGCGCGCUCCGUGCCGGGGCGCGUGGAGUACUUCUCCAGUCAGGGCUCCGCCGCGCCCCCCGAGCUGCCGCAGCUGCCCGUAGUCGCCCUGCCUGGAGUGGACGACUCCUACCCGCCGCAGAAGAAGUCCUUCAUGAUGAUCAAGUACAUGCACGAUCACUAUCUGGACAAGUACGAGUGGUUCAUGAGGGCGGACGACGACGUCUACAUUAAAGGUGAGAAAUUGGAGGAGUUUCUUCGCUCACUGAACAGCAGUAAACCUCUGUAUUUGGGACAGACUGGUCUGGGUAACAUUGAAGAACUUGGAAAACUCGGGUUGGAGCCUGGAGAGAAUUUCUGCAUGGGAGGGCCAGGAAUGAUCUUCAGCCGUGAGGUUCUCAGGAGGAUGGUGCCACAUAUAGGUGAAUGCCUUCGAGAAAUGUACACUACUCAUGAGGAUGUGGAGGUGGGCAGGUGUGUCAGAAGGUUUGGAGGAACUCAGUGUGUUUGGUCGUAUGAGGUAAGUGAUUAUAAGUUGCAAUGUGCUGUUUGUUUAGAGUUAUCUUGCAGCAUAAGUCGGUAUAUCUGUGAUUUCUUUCCAUGAUAAUUGUGUUUUAAUGCCUUAAACUGCAGACUGUAAGGAAAAAAAGAGAGGAAAGCAUACACAGCAUGUUGCUGUAAGCAUAUUUAUUUCUACUUGUCUUUCAGUUUUCAUUGGUGACAAUUGCUGUGGCCUUAAGUAAGUGUAAUCAUGUGAAUGUUGUCAUGCUGAAAGUUUCUAAAGCACUACCUUGAAGGUUUCUACAUACGAUCCUUGACAGGAUGCUGCUUCAUUUCACUUACGCUGUUCAGGUUGGAUCUGUUUAAAAACUUGGUUUUGGAUAAGCAUGCAGCAUACCUGUCUAUUGCAGGUUGUUAAACUAUUUUAUGGUAUUUGAAGAAGAAUUGUGUUUUCUUAGUUACCCAGACAUAUUUUAAUGGCGUUCAUUACUGGCAAAAGCAGAAGUAGGGGUUGUGGGGUUUUAAUCUUUUACAAAAAUAAAAUUUGUUGCACUGUACGAGUCUGUAAUAAAUUUUAACACUGUUCUUCACUAAGAAAAACGGUGUUAGAAGUGUAUCAUAGACACAAGCAACAUACCAGGUCUCCCUAUGCUGAAUUUUAGGAGCAUAUUACUUCAUUCAGUAAUAGAAUUUUCUGAAGUAAUAAGGAUAUGUUGCAGUACCCAGAAAAGGUUUUUCAAUUCCAGAACUAAAAUUCAGGCCUUUUUCUCUGAAAAUGUUGUGGCUACUGGCACAUAGCUAAAAAUAGACCAAUCAUGCAACUGCCAGAAAGGGUAAUGGGUGAUAGCUAAUACGAUGCAUAUGAUUUAAGUUAUUUUAACCUGUUCUUUAAUAUUAAUAUGUGG